GGGAGGGUGAGUUUGUGUGACAGGAGGCAACAAGAGCAGAUCCUAAAAGGACGAUUCUCUGAGCUGGAGCAGAGAGAACCACUGGGAUCUGGGCUGGCAGAUCAAGACCUUGGGGACAGGACGUCCAGAGAGCCCCACAGACGCCCGACCACAAAAUCAUGUAAUUGUAGAGAUAAAAGGGAACCCACAAGGGUCAUCUAGUUCAACUCCCUGCAGUGCAGGAAUCUCAACUAAAGAAUCCCUGACUGACGGUCACCCAACCUCUGCCUUAAAAUUUCCAAGGAAGGAGAGUCCACCACCUCCCAAGGGUGUCGAACAGCUCUUGCUGUCAGAAAUGUCUUCCUUAUGUUUAGUCGGAAUCUCCUUUAUCAUCUUGGUCACCCUCUUCUGCACACCUUUUAGUUUGUCAAUAUCCUUCUUAAAUGGUGGUCUCCAGAAAUGGGCACAGUAGAUCUGGGUCUGGCCCACUGAAAUCGACCAAUUCCUUGUCAUAUCCUAGCUCGGUCACAGGAGUCACUGACGGGAGUGUCGCUGGUCAUUCCCGGAGUUAGCAAGGCUCACUUGACGAUUAUGAGAAACAUCAGCCCGGCUGAUGGAACUCUCCGCCACUGGAGAGUCAGCAGGAGCUGCCUUCUGUGCCAGCGUUUAAAUGCCUCCUAUUCCGUCAGGUAAGAAGACAUCCUUCCAAAAUGGUUCGUUGAUGUCCUUUUUUAAACUUUUUAAUAUGGUUUAUAUUUUUACUGCUGUAAACUGCUUUGAUAGAUAGAUAGAUAGAUAGAUAUUUACGAUUAAGUUAAGGCAUAGCCAUUGCAACUAGCAGCCCUUUUCCUCCUCUAAGCCACUUUAAAAGCCAUGUAAAUUUUGUGCCUGCUGCUUUUGCUUGACUCGGUGGAAGCACAAAGAUGAAAAAUGUAUAAUAUUAUAUAUACCAUAGUCAGGGCUGUCUUAAGCAUAUGCAGCACUGGGGUGCAAAGAUCCGCCCAGUGCCCCCCCCCCCGUUGCCUAGUCCCAGGCGUACAGGAGGACGGAGUCGGUUGACCUCAGUGUCUUGCUGGCUCGGUCGCCCCUGAACUUGUGGUGCAGAGCCACCCACAAUAGAAGAGCCCGCUGACCGAUGGGCCAGCUCUUCCCCGGACUCAACUCUCAGGCCCCGGACUCUCAGCCUGGUGCCCCUGAGAGCCCAGCAUCCAGGUGCCCCACACCCCUAGCGCCUAUGGAUAAGAUGGCCCUGACCAUCGUUCAGUAAGGGGGGUAAAAAAAGCUGAAGGACCCCUGACAGUUAAGUCCAGUCGCAGACGACUCUGGGGUUGCGGCGCUCAUCUUGCUUUACUGGCCGGCGUACAGCUUCCAGGUCAUGUGGCCAGCAUGACGAAGCCGCUUCUGGCGAAACCAGAGCAGCACACGGAAACACCGUUUACCUUCCCGCCAGAGCUGUAUCCAUUUAUCUACUUGCACUUUGACGUGCUUUCGAACUGCUAGGUUGGCAGGAGCAGGGACCGAGCAACGGGAGCUCACCCCGUGGCGGGGAUUCGAACCGCCGACCUUCUGAUCAGCAAGCCCAAGAGGCUCAGUGGUUUAGACCACAGCACCACCCACAUCCCUCAGUAAGGGGGGAGGGACAGCUAAAUCAAGCAUGACCCCCUUCAAACAACCCCAAAGGAAACCUGUUUGAUUUGCAUCUUGCGUUCUGAAAGAAGCUAUUCCCAAACAGUUGCGAGGCUGAGGCUGGAAUCCGACAGGGGAAGCAGCGAUGCCCAAAGCCUCACCUGUACAAAUCCUGCCUGCCUUGCAGCCCUGGGGGGCGGGGAUGAAAGGGGACGCCGUGAGCACUGGGGGAGGCAGUGCCAGCCCCCCCCCUUGCAUCCUUCGCCCAUUUAAGGUUCCCUUUCCUAGCUCGCUCCGAGGGAUCCCGGGCCAAGCCCACCCCGGGGCGCUUGCGCGCACCCGGCCGCCCGGAAUGUGCCUGGGUUGCGCGCUGGGAGGGGGGAGAUGAGGCAGGCGGGAGGCAUUUCACAGGCGGCUCGGAGAAGGAGGAGAGGGGGCUGGAUCAGAGCUAAAUCCGGCUUGCUUGGUCACCGUCCCGGCUCAAGCCUGAGUCACCCUUUGCUCGCGCUCUCUUGCCAGGGACGCCUGCCAAUGUCACGCCGAUCGCCCUCCGCUGCUUCCCGCAGGAGACCCGCUGGGGAACGCUCGCCCUUAAGCCAGGAGUCCGGCAGGCUCCUCCUCCGGGGGGCGCGGAGGCACCGAAAUCAUUCACGCGUUACCUACUGGGGGCAUAUUUGGGUGCGGAGGCAAACUGGCCUUGCCUGCCCCCCAGGGAUGCCAACUUGAAUAAAACCAGUGGCGUAGCGUGGGUUGUCAGCACCUGGGGCAAGGCAAGUAAUUUGCGCCCCCUAACCCGUGGAUUUGCGCCCCCUAAUCCGUGGAUUUGCGCACCCUAACCCCCAGAUGUUGCGCCCGGUGCGGCCGGCCCGCCCUGCACCCCCCACGCUACGCCACUGAAUAAAACAUUGGGGGAGGGCAGGUAAGUCCCGCCCCACAUAAUCUUUUAUAUAUAUAUAUAUAUAUAUAUAUAUAUAUAUAUAUAUAUAUAUAUAUAAUUUUUAUUAAAUGAUUUUAUGUUACAAAAAGCAUUACAACCAUACUACCACAAAAUAUUAUUGAGAAAUAAAAAUGACAUGCAUCAAUAUUUUGUUUGUUAUUUGCCGUCUUAUUUCCUCCCACACAUUUCAUACAAAACACCCACCCGCACACACACGAGAAAUAAUAAUAAUGCUAAUAAUGAAAAUAAAUAUUUCCUCCCUUUUAUCUUACAAAAUCUUUUCUUCAGUUUUGACUUCCUGUCAAGUCCCUUCGCAUAUGUUUUACCUUACAAUUGAAUGUACGCAAAACAAUAAACCCUGCACAAUCGAUCACACAUGCACACCAUUUGAAUGGCAAUACACAUCAACUUGGGGGGGGCAGUCCCCUCAAAAAAAUUAUUGGGGGGGGGGUGAUGGUACCUUGGCCCCAGGAGUUGGCUCCUACGCUGCCCGCCUGUAUUUUGUUUCAUAAAACGUAUAUACUCUGAUUUGCAAAAAUAAAAGCAAAUUAUCAGCAGCUAUUUAAAACGUCGGAAAAAUUUAAACCAACCGAUUAAAACCGUGUCAACAGUCUGGGUAUCCGUUGAAACAAAAAUGGUGUUGUUUUUUUAAAGCGGGCACCAAAAAGAACACCUUGAAGGCACCUGACAUCAAUAGGCAGGGAGUUCCAAAGUGUGGACGCUGCUGCCACACUUAAAGAUGGAACACCCUGGGGUCAGCCAUCUGACACAGUUCUCCCCAAUGCUUGAGAAAAGAUGGGGCUCGCAUUUCCCAGUAAAAGGGGUGUUUUUUUCUGCCUGCGGCCUCUCUCUCUCCCUACCCACAAUUCAAAGUGUUGGUGCUGACCUUUAAAGCCCUAAACGGCCUUGGUCCAGUAUAUCUGAAGGAGCGUCUCCACCCCCAUCGUUCUACCCGGACACUGAGGUCCAACACCGAGGGCCUUCUGGCGGUUCCCUCACUGCGAGAAGCCAAGUUACAGGGAACCAGGCAGAGGGCCUUCUCGGUAGUGGCGCCUUCCCUGUGGAACACCCUCCCACCAGAUGUCAAAGAGAACAACAACUACCAGGCUUUUAGAAGACAUCUGAAGGCAGCCCUGUUUCGGGAAGCUUUUAAUGUUUGAUGUAUUAUAGUAUUUUAAUAUUCUUUGGAAGCCGCCCAGAGUGGCCGGGGAAGCCCAGCCAGAUGGGCGGGGUAUAAAUAAUAAAUUAUUAUUAUUAUUAUUAUUAUUAUUAUUAUUAUUAUUACCCCAUUUCCAGGAGACUCGGGGGGGGGGGGGCUGCUCUCUUGCCCUCAGGUCCUGCUUGCAGACUGCCCUUGGGGGGCAUCUGGUUGGCCACGGGGACUGAAAACAACAGGCUGAACUACAAGGACCCUGGGCCUGAUCCAGCUGCCUCUCCUGAUGUUCUUAUGUCUCUGGGCAGAGCAGAGGGAGCUUGCCUCUCUGCCAGGUACACAAUGGGGACCAUUCAGCUCAGCAAACCAGCACGGCCUUUAACAAGGAGGCACUGAGUGAUGGGGGCAUUUUCCAUCCUGCAACAAGUGGUUCAGGGGUAUGUCGUCUCUGCCCCCUCACCCAUUAUUGAGGGGAAGUGCGUGGGACAGGUCUCGGGGCUUCAAUUUCUGGGAAUGGAGUUGAGAGAUGACCUAACCUGGGGAGAAAACAGCAAAGACCUGAUGAAGAGAGCACAGCAGAGGUUAUAUUUUGUGAGAAUCCUCCGGUAAAACAAUCUCUCAAAGGACCUGUUGAUGGCAUUUUACCAUUGUACUGUGGAGAGUGUAUUAUGGUCUAUGUGUGUGGUUUGGGAGCUGCACGGUCAGGGGAAAAACAAUCCAGUCCAGGGUUGUAAAGACUGCAGAGAGAAUAAUUGGGUGCACUCUUCCCACCUUGGAUCAAAUCUAUGCUUCCAGGUGCUAUAAGAAAGCUGCAGAGAUAGCGCAGGAUAGUGCGCACCACAGAAAUGAUCUCUUUCAGCUUCUGCCUUCUGGAAGAAGGUACAGGGUUAUAAAGACUAGGACUAGCCGCCUGAGAAACAGUUUCUAUCCAAAUGCGAUUUUGGUUUUAAACGCAUUGUAAGGAGUCUCUAUGGGAGUGUAUUGUAUUUUAAAAAUGGGAUAUCAGAGUUUUUAGGGGGCUAACCAGGCUGGGAUAGCUGGGAUAGCAGGCUUGUUGGUUUUUGAAUGUCUGAUGUAGAUCCCACCCCCCAAUUUCGUUGUUCUGUGUGGGACAAUGACAAUAAAGAUUAUCUUAUCGUAUCAUUCAAACAUACUCCCAGUGCCACCCCCAGUUACAGAGUUGGUGAUAAGGGGGCAUUUUUUCAAGGACACAAGUAUUGUCCCAUCCGGAGCUGGCAAAAGCAAGUCCCAUCUAGUCCAGCACCUCUCUCUGUCCUCGCAGUGGCCAGUCAGAUGCCCCAAAGGGAAUAAUCGAAUCAUAAGAGUUGUAGAGCUGGAAGGGAACCCAAGGGUCAUCUAUUUUUUUUUUUUUAAUAUAAUAUUUAUUGGUUUCACAAAAACAAAUUCCAAAAGAUGUAAAAAUACAAAAAUUCGACAAACAGAAAACAACAAUAACAAUAACAAAAAACAAACAGAGAUAACAAUAUCCAUAGCACAAAAGGAAAAAAAAAAAAAAAAAGAAACAGAAAAAUUUAAAAAGUAUUAUACUUUCAUUUAACCUUCUUAUCAUUACCUAAUUCUUUGACUUCCCCACAUCUCCCCGCUUGUAUUUCCAUUUAAGAACUCCUUUCAGCAAAUCCUUACCCUCCUUUCUUUAUCUUAACUCAAAAAAAGUUAAUCUAUUUAUAUAUAAAUAUUACAACUUUAUCAAUCAAAUAUUCCAUGCUCUUAAUCACAAGGCUUUUGCCAAUACCAGUUAUUUUCAGUCAGACCUCAAUUUAACAUUCAUUAAUUUUAUAGUAUUUCUGUAGAUAGUCUUUAAAUUUCUUCCAAUCUUCUUCCACCGACUCUUCUCCUGGUCACGGAUUCUGCCAGUCAUCUCAGCCAGUUCCAUAUAUUCGAUUACCUUCAUCUGCCAUUCUUCCAGAGUGGGUAAAUCCUGUGUCUUCCAAUACUUUGCGAUGAGUAUCCUUGCUGCUGCUGUUGCAUACAUAAAGAAAAUUCUGUCUUUCUUUAAUACCAAUUGGCCAACAAUGCCCAAGAGGCGGCGCCAACAAGCAAUGGGGUCAUCUAGUCCAGCCCCACAAGCAGGACCUGAGCAGAGCAGCAGCAGCGCUCUUCCCUUUGCGCUGCCCACCAACUGACUUUCAAGGGUAUCCUGUCUCCAGCAGUGGAGAGCAUAGCCAUUGCGACUUGCAGCCAUGAAUUUGUCUUUUUUUUUAAUAAAUAUUUAUUAAAGUUUUCACAAUAUUACAUAAUAAAAAAUAAAAAAUAAUUAAAAACAAUUCCAUCUUUUCAUCACUUAUCUUUCAUUUGCUUGUUUCCCGGACCUCCUCAUACCUCCCUUUUUUGUAUCCCAGUUCAAUUUAUUAGUUCAGCAAUUCCUUUCCCUCCUUAUUUUAUCCUGAUCUUUAAUCUUAAUAUAUUAUAGCAUUAAAUUUUUACCUGUUAAAAAUCCAAUUUUUUCAUGUUCUUUUAUACCAUUACAGCUAGAAACCACUUAACUUCAAUCCAACAUCAUUCUAACAUUCGUUAAUUUUGCAGUAUUUCUGUAAAUAGUCUUUAAAUUUCUUCCAAUCUUCUUCCACCGACUCUUCUCCCUGGUCCCGGAUUCUGCCAGUCAUUUCCGCCAAUUCCAUGUAGUCCAUCAUUUUCAUCUGCCAUUCUUCCAGAGUGGGUAGGUCUUGUGUCUUCCAAUACUUUGCAAUAAGUAUUCUUGCUGCUGUUGUAGCAUACAUAAAGAAAGUUCUGUCCUUCUUUAACACCGAUUGGCCGACUAUACCCAGGAGAAAGGCCUCUGGUUUCUUCAAGAAGGUAUAUUUAAAUACCUUUUUUAAUUCAUUAUAAAUCAUCUCCCAGAAAGUCUUAAUCCUUGGGCACGUCCACCAUAGGUGAAAGAAUGUACCUUCAGUUUCCUUACAUUUCCAACAUUUAUUAUCGGGCAAAUGGUAGAUUUUUGCAAGCUUGACUGGGGUCAUGUACCACCUGUAUAUCAUUUUCAUAAUAUUCUCUCUUAAGGCAUUGCAUGCCGUAAACUUCAUACCUGUGGUCCAUAACUGUUCCCAGUCAGCCAUCAUUAUGUUAUGUCCAACAUCUUGUGCCCAUUUAAUCAUAGCAGAUUUCACCGUUUCAUCUUGAAUUUGUCUAAUCCUCUUUCAAAGCCCUCCAUGUCGGUGGCCAUCACUGCUUCCUGUGGGAGGGAGUUCCAUAGGUUAACUAUGCACUGUGCAAAUGAUGUGCUUUCGUAUGUUGUUUUCACUAAUGCCCCUUUCCCCCAAACCAAUGCACUGCCAUUGUUUGGCUGGGGAAUUAUAGCAUGAAGUUCAGAGAAGUGAAGAGAGGCAGUUUCUCUCUGAAACACAAAUAAAACUGAAUCUGUCGCCACCAUCCCACCUUAUUUAUGACGCUUACAGAGGAGAAAGGAAAGCGCUGAGGCACAGUGAGGCCCUGCCCACACAGCCCCACUGCCCUUGGCUCUGUCUUUUGGUCACGCAAGAGUGUGACACGUACUUUGGGGAACUGGAAUGCAGGCACGUACUCCGCAGAUGAGCUCCUGCAACUCAAAUCAGAUGCUGGCCCUCGAAUCUGGCUCAGACGACACCCUUGUGGUGUAGGAGGGCUGGAUCCCAGCGCAGGCAAACUGCUCUUCCCUCGCAGCCCUUUUCCUUGCUCCUGAGUUGCUGCCAGGCCAGUUCCUUCCAGCUCAGAUCCGCCUGGAUCCCUGAAGGGCACUUUCUGCAAGGUCCCAAAUCACCUGCAGAUGGUUAGAGGUCAGAGAGAGGGGUGUGGUGGGGAGGGAGGGAGACAGGUGUGUUCUCUGGCUAGCACAGGUGCAGAGAGACAAGAUCCCAGAAAGGACACACCAGGACUUUUCCACCAGAGAGGCAGGGUAAGUCUUUUGCACGCUCUAGGGUUGUAGCUUGUUAACUCAGGCAGCCACCUGUGACUUGUGCACUUACCUGGGAUUCAGCCCAUUAAACAUAGCAGGUCUUACUCUUGUGUAAUUCAGCCUAGGGCCGAGCUGUGGGAGUCUCUUGCAGAAAACCCCCUGCAAGGGGGUCUUCAGAGAAGACUCUUGGUUGCUCCUGUAGCUGAAACGACAAGGGUUGCUCAGGGUGUUUUGUUGGGGUUAAUUCUUUCCGGUUUGGUGGUUUUCAUGAAGAAACAGCAGCCGUUGCCAUGAAUUCCUACUUGAGGCUGAAAGAGGAGAAGGAGAUGUAAAUUGCUAGCAUUUUCUCUUAGAAAUAAACCCUGCGGGAGGUAGGGGGCCUUUGACUUUCUGAAUUUUUGAGUAAUUUGGCAGCCCAACCCUUUCCCAAGCAGGAAGGUCUGCUUUGCAGGGUUUACUCUGAGCUUAAGUGUGCACAGGAUUGCAGCCUCAGGAACUUCAGAAUAUUUCAUGUUUACACUUAAAAUUAUGCAGGGGGGCUACCUGGAUCGGCCUGUUUUAUGUUAGACCGAAGUUGUGGCCCGUAACUCCAGGUGCUAGUGGAGUACUCAGAACUCGGUUGUGCAGAGAAAAGGCACUCUGUGCAUGCCUAGAGGCACCCUUUCCCUCCUGCUUCGCACAUUCCAUGGCAAUGUGGGGCUGAGUUUACCCAGGUCUAGGCUUGAAUGAGCUCCGAAAGAGGGCCAAGGAUGGAUUUAGGGGAAGGGCCCAGAGUUGCUUGCUCAGUGAAUUCAGCAGCACAGAGCCCCACAGAGUUGCACCAACUUCCCCACAGGAUCACAACUCCCACAGAGUUGGGAGGAAUGGUGCAGCAAAUUUGGUCUUCAGCCUUUCCUCCCUGGCCCACCAUGUAGCCACCCGCUGGGAACCUUCCCCAUUUUCAACAGGGGGUGCUUGCCAGCCCUUUCAGCAGAUGGAUGCAGAAGGUCAGCAGAAGAGGAAGGAUGGAAGGGAGGAGGAAGAAGAGCGGAUUCUGAUGCUGGAGCAGAGUUGGAAACCUUGGCCAAAAACACGGAGGAAGAUCAGAGGUAAGGGAAAAGGAAUCUAGGGAUCUAUAAGAGUCAGAGGAUCCCCCGGGUGGUUAUCCAGAGACAGGUUCCCUGUGCAGCAUCCAUGCUGGUCCUCAAAACCUUCAGCUGCUGGUGGGAAUGCAGGAAGAAUCAAGGCAGAUAAGAGAAAGUCCUUUUUCACACAGUGACCACCACCAACCUAGAUCGCUUGAAAAGAGGAUCAGAGAACUUCAUGGAGGAGACGGCAAUAAUAAUAAUAAUAAUAAUAAUAAUAAUAAUAAUAAUAAUAUAAUACAGGAACUCCGCUCACUCUGGGGAGCUUCCAACAAAUUAUAAAAACCACAGUAAAACUUCAAACAUUAAAACCUCCCUAUACAGGGCUGCCUUCAGGUGCCUUCUAAAAGUCAAAAAGUUGUUUAUUUCCUUGACAUCUGGUGGGAGGGCGUUCCACAGGGCAGGCGCCACCACCAAGAAGGCCCUCUGCCUGGCUCCCUGUAACUUCCCUUCUUGCAGUGAGGGAACCACCAGAAGGCCCUCGGCGCUGGAUCUCAGUGUCCAGGCUGAACGAUGGGGGUAGAGACGCUCCUUCAGGUAUACAGGACCGAGGCCAUUUAGGGCUUUAAAGGUCAGCACCACCACCACUUUGAAUUGUGCUCGGAAAGUACUGGGAGCUGACGUACUGUCGAUCUUUUCAGACUGGUGUUCUAUGGCAGCACUUAGAAUUCCCUGCAUAUUGACAUCAGGCAGGCCCCUUCGCUAAAACAUUUUUGUUUAAGGAAGCCUGCCCAGAUGUUUAUUAGAAAGCCAACGUCUUAAUCUGUUUGCAGUCCACUGCUAUUUUAACUUUCUGAACGUUUUGAAUUAUCAUAGUUAUUUUCCCUAUUGGUAAUUUUAUUGCUUUAUUCCUUUUCUGCAAAACUGCUUUGAGGUUGCUGUUGCUGUUUUUUUAACAGCCAAGCGGUUAUAAAAAUAUAUAUAUAUUUAAUAAACAAUAAGUGUUUUUGAGCAAGUGCGAGAGAGAAAUCAAGGCAGAAGAAGAACCUGCCUGCCUUUGAGAGAGAAGGGCAUGAUCCGAAUUUGCAAGCGAGGCAAUGUGCCUAAAACGCUGUCAUGGAAAAUGCACGAUCUGCUUUCAUGUAGGCAGGGCUUGUUGGUCCCUAAACAACAGUCCCAUCUGAUGAAGGCGGAGCUCUGUCGGUCUCGAAAACUGGCGCUGCGCCGCAGCCAAGAGAAACCCCGGGAACUCGCCAGAGCUGUUUUGAAGCCUGCCCCUACCCGGACGGCGAUGGAAGUGGCCGCCUGGGGGGGGGGGGGGGAGAAGGAGGUGGGAAUGGGAUUCCAACGCGGUGACCCAGAGAGGGAUUUAGCUAUGGACCCACACGCUCCCUGGCCGGUCAUUCCUGCGUCUGGCCAGCUUCAAAAUACACCCGGCGGGGAGUGGGGAGGAGACUUUGUCCCGGACUUUGUGUUUUUCCUGCGUCUCUCCCCCCCCGCCCCCCCCAAAAGCACAAGUGGGACAAGACUGAGAGCCGAGCUGAUUCCAUUUGGUGCCAAAUUGCUCAGAAAGGAAUCUGAGAUCUCAGGACGCAAUCGAUUUAACCUUCCUGCACAACUUUUAUGACUUCCCGCGCGCACUGGUGAAAGGGGGUGGGAAGAGGUUUUUUGUGGGGGGGGGUUUCUGUUGUCACUGUCCCAUUUUAAAGCCCUACCCCCAAGUGUGUCAUGAUAUGAUCCAAUGUUUAUAAAUAUAGGCCUAGCGAGCGUGAGCGUAGCAUGGGCGCAGCUGCCCUCUCCAAAAAAAUCAGUGAAAACCAAUACAAAUCUGAGGUUCCCCUCCCCCCCCCAUCAAAAAUCCUGGCUGCCCAUGCUAGUGAGGAGUCAUAGAAUUGUAGCGUUGGAAGGGACCCCAGGGUCAUCUAGUCCAACCCCCUGCGAUGUAACAGGGUGGGUGGGUGUCAGCUUCUCCCUAUUUAAGCCAAUUUGAAUCAGAACCUUGUGGCAGGGAGUUCCGUCAGUUACAUUUCACAACAGUGCAGACAAGUCCUUUUGAUUUGCCUGCCUGGAAUCUCUGCUGAAUCGGGUGACCCUGAAUUUUAGUCGUAUGAGGGCAGGGGGAGGGGGAAUGCACUUUCUCCUCUUCCUUUGAGAUUUUUAAGCAGAGGUUGGAUGGCUAUCUGUCAUGGAUGCUUUAGCUGAGAUUCCUGCAUCCCAGGGGGUUGGACUAGAUGACCCUGGGGUCCCUUCCAACGCUACAAUUCUAUGACUCCUCACUAGCAUGGGCAUUGUUGUUGUUUAGUCGUUUAGUCGUGUCUGACUCUUCGUGACCCCAUGGACCAGAGCACGCCAGGCACUCCUGUCUUCCACUGCCUCCCGCAGUUUGGUCAAACUCAUGCUGGUAGCUUCGAGAACACUGUCCAACCAUCUCGUCCUCUGUCGUCCCCUUCUCCUUGUGCCCUCCAUCUUUCUCAACAUCAGGGUCUUUUCCAGGGAGUCUUCUCUUCUCCUGAGGGGGCCAAAGUAUUGGAGCCUCAGCUUCACGAUCUGUCCUUCCAGUGAGCACUCAGGGCUGAUUUCCUUCAGAAUGGAUAGGUUUGAUCUUCUUGCAGUCCAUGGGACUCUCAAGAGUCUCCUCCAGCACCAGAAUUCAAAAGCAUCAAUUCUUCGGCGAUCAGCCUUCUUUAUGGUCCAGCUCUCACUUCCAUACAUCACUACUGGGAAAACCAUAGCUUUAACUAUACGGACCUUUGUUGGCAAGGUGAUGUCUCUGCUUUUUAAGAUGCUGUCUAGGUUUGUCAUUGCUUUCCUCCCAAGAAGCAGGCGUCUUUUAAUUUGCAUAUAAGAAUGUCAGCAUUUUGGGGGUGUGGUGGUGGAUUCCAAUGUGUGCAAAUGAAAGGCCUGUAGAUGCCCCCCCCAACCCCAACCCCCCACUGGGCGUCUCUUCUUAUGGGUGCCAACGUACCUGACUCACCCUGGUCCUCUGCUGCCCCCUGCAGGCUGCCUGGAGUUCGUCAAGCGGCAACUUUUCCGCGUGGGGGACGACUGGUACUUCCUCUUCGCCCUGGGGGUCAUCAUGGCCCUGGUCAGCUUCGCCAUGGACUUCACCGUCUCCAGGAUGGCCAACGGUAACAGACACCCCCAGACCGCUCUCAGUCAGCCUUAGGCUCCUAAUCUCUGAAAGGCAGCAGGAGGAACCAGGAGAACCGGAGAGCUAAAUUAUUAUUCAUCAGAUUUAUUUAAUUGGAUUCUUGCAUUGCAGCAGCUUGCUCUAGAUCAGUGUUUCCCAAAUUUGGGUCUCCAGCUGUUUUUGGACUACAACUCCCAUCAUCCCUAGCUAGCAGGCCAGUGGCCAGGAAUGAUGGGAAUUGUAGUCUGAAAAACAGCUGGAGACCCAAGUUUGGGAAACACUGGGCUAAAUGAUGAUGAUGGUGAUGAUGAUGAUGAUUUUAUUAUUUAUACCCCACCCAUCUGGCUGGGUUGCCCCUUUUAAAUUAAUAGACUUUGCCAAUGUUGGUCCAUUAUUUUCAGUGGGUUCAUUGUGAGUGUAAGCCUUAGUAAACCACAGAAUUGCAGAAAUGGAAGGGAUCCGGGAGUCAUCUAGUCUAGCCCGCCCACCACAAUGCUAAAGAAUCCCUGACUUAGUUGGGUACUUAGUUGAAUAUUCUCCCAUCAGAGCCCCUACAGGAAGGAUCGUAGCCUCCUCGCAUGGGCUCAUUCAUUUAAAAGACUUCUGUUCUGCCUUUGGGCCCAAUUAGCAGCAAUUAUUGACUUGCAAAGCCAUUUAUAAGAAUGACAUUGUGGACGUCGAAGCCCUUAGAACAAAGCCGCCCUCAGAAGCUAUUCACAAAACUAACCUUCUUGCACAGCUUUUAAAAGGACUGGGCGAAAUGCGAAGGCAGAGGAAGACAGUGUGAUGCCCUUCAGUUCACUGCUGGACUCCAACUCCCAGAAGCCUCAGCAGCCCGGAUGACUGAUGGUCAGGGGAAUGAUGGGAGCUGGAGUCCAGCAACAUCCAGAGUGCCACAUAUGAUUUCCAUCUGUCCAUUCAUAGAAUCACAGAAUUGGAAGGGAGCCUGAGAGUCAUUUAGACAAGUGUUUCCCAAUUUUGGGUCUCUAGCUGGGUUGUGGGUGUUGGUUUUUUUGGACUACAACUUCCAUCUUCCCCAGAUAGCAAGACCAGUGGUCAGGGAUGAUGGGAACUGUAGUCCAAAAAACCCCAAAAGAAGGCAGAGUAGUGAUGGGGGUAGCCAGGGGCAGUAAAGGCAAGUGUCAGGGGCAGUAAAUGGCCUGUGUGGUCCUCCAGCCAUUGCUGAGGCAGCCCAGCCAGUGACUAGGGAUGAGGGGAGUUGGAAUCCAACUAUGUUUGGAGGGCCAUGGGUUCCUCUAUCCUUGUGUUAAGCUGCCCAGUUUGAACCAGCUGCUAGGCGAUGCGUCCAGAAGGACAUGUUGAUUUUCCUUUCUGUUUCUUUAGCCCACAUGUGGCUUUACCAAGAGAUUGGGGACUACCCGGUGCUGAAGUACCUCUCCUGGACCAUGUACCCCAUCGCGCUGUCGGCUUUCUCGACUGGCUUCGCACAGAGCAUCACACCACACUCUGCAGGUGAGCCUUUGGGUGGGCGAGUGGGAGCAGGAGUCGGCCACUGGCGGCCAAGGUGCGGAGCCUGCCCCAGCCCCAAACCGCCAACAGCUCAACAGCCUGCCUGCCUGCCUGAUUCCCUGGCAACUUAACAGCAGAGGGAAGAGAAGGAGAAGGAACAUUAGGUACUCCUGCUCACCACUUCUGUCUUAACUGUCAUAUUUGCACCUCCUUUUCCUUCCAAAAGGAAGCCUGAUGCAGCUAGGAAGGAGUGUAAACACAAUUCAUUUGUAGAGCACUGGGGUGCAGGAAGCCACUGAGUUUGUACUCUGGGGAAAGGUCAGGGCUCACGUGGUAGAGCCUUGCAUUCAGAAGCCCCCAGAUUCAACCCCUGGAACAGGGCCAGGUUAAGAGCUUUAGAGACCCUAAGCACUUACUGUAUUUUUUGCUCUAUAAGACUCACUUUUUCCCUCCUAAAAAGUAAGGGGAAAUGUGUGCGCGUCUUAUGGAGCAACUGCAGGCUGUGCAGCUAUCCCAGAAGCCAGAACAGCAAGAGGGAUCGCUGCUUUCACUGCGCAGCGAUCCCUCUUGCUGUUCUGGCUUCUGAGAUUCAGAAUAUUUUUUUCCCCUUGUUUUCCUCCUCCAAAAACUAGGUGCGUCUUGUGGUCUGGUGCGUCUUAUAGAGCGAAAAAUACGGUAAUAGAUUUUGGUGUCCCUGCACAGUGCUUUUUCAGGGGGGACGCAGGGGGACGCAUACCCCGAAACAUUUUGUGAAUCUAACAGGAGAACAAACUAAAAAUGUUAAAAAUUUUAGUUUCUUCUCUAGCGUGGUGAAUCGUCAGUUCCGUUGCUACCCCUGACGGUGGCCUAUAAAAUGGUGGCUUUCUUGAGUCAAAAUGAGAGUACCCUUUAAAAAAUGUUUUAGAAAAAAAAGCACUGCCCCUGCAUAUACCUAAUUCAAAAUAUAAAUAAUAAACAGUAAAAUAAAAUUCCAUUUUUAGAAAUGAAACAAAACCUACAGUAAGAUGGAAAAUGCUACUUGUUUUUGUAUACUUCCACUUUAUUUGUGUUUGAAAAAAUUUCUUCUGCUUCUUUUAAUUGCAAAAUCUUUGAUCAGAUUCUCAAAACAUCUUACGUAACACAUUUGCUACUAUACUUAGUAGGCAUCCAGCAUGCCUUGUUUGUAUAGUUGUUCUGUUGGGAUUUGUAAUAUACUUUAGCUGAGAAAAUGAAUGCUCAGCUGAGCAAUUUGUGGCCAUUAAUGUUAAAAAUCCGGCAGUGGAAAAUUUCCUGCGGUGCCCCUUUCCCUCGAUGUCCGAAGCACGUGCUUGUUUUGCUUAAUGGUUAAUCCAGCCUUGCCCUGGCAGCAUCGUCGAGUAGGGCUGGGAGAGGCUCCCUGCUUGAAACCCAGAGAGCUUCUGCCAGUCAGUGUAGACAAGACGGAGCUCAAUAGGCCAAGGGUCCUCAGUUCCUGCAUCUUAAAGGAAGGGUCUUCACUCAGCUCGCAAGGAAUGCCGUUUAUAAGAACAACAUUCUGCUUUGCAUGCCAAAGGUCCCUGGGUUCAAUGCCCAGCAACUCCAAGUGGGGCCCGAGACCCUGGAGAGCUGCUGCCAGUCAGUGUAGACAGAACUGAGCUAGAUGGACUAAUUGGCUAACUCAGCAAAGGCCUUAAAGGUGGGUUCCCAUGAGGCAAGACACAGUGAUAAUAGCAAGAACCUUUAUUGAACCACAUAACUGGGAAACAGAGGCAAAGCAACUGCUUAUAUACAUUCCUGAGAGCCUUGGCCACUCCCACUGCCAACGUGAUUGGCUGUCUAAACUUCCAAACUGCGAAUCACGACUCAGGGUUCAAGGGCCAAUGGCAGAGGCCCAAAUCCUGAAAUGUUCUGUGAUUGGACAACGUGUAUUGAAUCAGAACACAGGAGAUCAGAAUCCUCAGUCCAGACUCAAGCUCAGGCAAACACAGGCCACUGAAUACAUAACAGGCCUCCUGUGAGGUGGGCCAGGGAGAAGGCUGUUGGGUGGGGCCAAUGCAGAAGGAAAAGAGGCAGGUCCUCCUCAGGAGGCCACCAGGAACAUCUUCCUAGCCUGGCUGGAGGUCCCCCAAACAACCUGGAACCUCCUCCCUGUGUGCUCCUUCCAGGUUCCGGCAUUCCUGAGCUCAAGAUCAUCCUGACGGGGGUCAUCCUGGAAGAAUACCUGGCCAUCGAGAACUUUAGCGCCAAAGUCGUGGGCCUGACCUGCACCCUGGCAUGUGGAAGCACCAUCUUCCUUGGGAAAGUCGUAAGUGACCCGUUGGUCGGUCAAAGGGAAGCAACCCCUGGCCUCUAGGCUGCAGAGCUCUUCUUCACCGUUUACACCAGACAUCCCUAACCUGCGGCCCUCCAGGUGUUUUGGCCUACAACUCCCAUGAUCCCUAGCUAACAGGACCAGUGGUCAGGGAUGAUGGGAAUUGUAGUCCAAAACAUCUGGAGGGCCGAAGGUUGGGGAUGCCUGGUUUACACCCUGUGGCUGUUUGCAAAGAGGCUCACACCCCCAGCAGCUUUAGAGCAAGGUAGCUUGGGUCUAGGAGAGGAGGCGAGUUGGAGGCCUGAAACUUUUGCCUCCAGGUCCACUCAAGAAACUUGGGUCAGUGGACCAUGCCACCCUCUGCAGGAGAUACACUGGAUUCCUACAGAAUCAUAAAAUUGUAAAGUAGGAAGGGAUUGCAAUAAUAAUAAUAAUAAUAAUAAUAAUAAUAAUAAUAAUUUAUUUAUAUCCCACCCAUCUGGUUGGGUUUCUCUAGCCACUCUGGGUGGCUUCCAAAAUAAUAAUAAUAAUAAUAAUAAUAAUAAUAAUAAUAAUGUGAUAAAACAUCAAACAUUAAAAACUUCUCUAUACAGGGCUGCCUUCAGAUGUCUUCUAAAAGUCAGCUAGUUGUUUAUUUCCUUGACAUCUGAAGGUAGGGCGUUCCACAGGGUGGGCGUCACUACCAAGAAGGCCCUCUGCCUAGCUCCCUGUAGCUUGGCUUCUCGCAGUGAGGGAACUGCCAGAAGGCCCUCAGAGCUGGACCUCAGUGUCCGGGCUGAAUGAUGGGGGUGGAGACGUUCCUUCAGGUAUACUGGACCGAGGCCGUUUAGGGCUUUAAAGGUUAACACUGACACUUUGAAUUGUGCUUGGAAACUUUCUGGGAGCCAAUGUAGGUCUUUCAGGAUAACCGGUGUUAUGUGGUCUCGGCAGCCGCCCCCAGUCACCAGUCUAGCUGCCGCAUUCUGGAUUAGUUGUAGUUUCUGGGUCGCCUUCAAAGGUAGCCCCACAUAGAGUGCAUUGCAGUAGUCGAAGCGGGAGAUAACUAGAGCAUGCACCACUCUGGCGAGACAGUCCGCGGGCAGGUAGGGUCUCAGCCUGCAUACCAGAUGGUGGUUCACCAAUCUCCUGCAAUGUAGGAAUCGCAGCCCAAGCAUCCCUAUAUACCGUAUUUUUUGCACCAUAACACUCACUUUUUUCCUCCUAGAAAGUAGGGGGAAAUGUCUGUGCGUGUUAUGAAGGGAAUGCCUAUGGGUGGCGGCGGGGGGGGGGGAUCUGCUGCAGUCCUGAGCAGAGGAUCCAUGGUUCCCCUUCCUUCCCUCCUCCGUGGCUCGCUUUGAAACAGCAAAGCGGGGGAAGAGCCGCUGAGUGGGGAGAGAGAGGGACAGAGAGCCUGCUUCUUUAAAGGGGCAAAGCUGGAGAGGAGAGGAGCCGCUUACACAAGUGUAAGCGGCUCCUGUCCAGUUGGCUCCUUUAAAGCAAGCAGGCUCUCUGUCCCUCUCUCCUCCCCACUCAGCUCGCUAAAUAGCAGCAAAGUUUUUCAGCUCGCUAAGCCGGGGAUGAGGAGGAGGGAGAAAAGCAGAGCCUGCUUGCUUUAAAGGAGCAAAGUGGGAGAGGAGAGGAGCCUUCACCCCUUAAACCCCUCUUCUGCAUUAUUAGCAGCAUCCUUCUCCACCCACCCCACGCAUGUUCCUUCUCCCCUUAUACCCCUCUUCUGCAUUAUUAGCAGCAUCCUUCUCCACACACCCCACGCGUGCUCCUUGUCCUUUGAGUGCUUUCCCUUCCCUCCCCACUUAAAACGUGGUUACAAAGCACAGAUCCACAUGGAUCCUCAGGAUUUUUGCUCUGGGUCACCCCAAAUUCACCAUCAGAUCACAUAGCAUGUCCAUGGCUACAUUUUGCACCAAAAAAAUCACGCACCCACUGUUGCCUGGGGCCACAGUGGUGCAAAAACGUGAUUACAAAGCAUGGAUCCACAUGGAUCCUCAGGAAUUUUGCAUUGGGCUACUCCAAACUCACUGUCAGAUCACAUGUCUGUGGCCACAGCAUGAACCACAAAACUCAUACAUCCACGGUUUCGUUUAGAAUAUUUUUUUUCUUGUUUUCCUCCUCUCAAAACUACGUGUGUGUUAUGGUCGGGUGCGUGUUAUAGAGCGAAAAAUACGGUAAUUGUAGAAUCCCUUCCUCUACUAAUCUGCCCUCCUCUUGUCUUCCCCCAGGGGCCUUUCGUUCACCUAUCCAGCAUGAUCGCUGCCUACUUAGGGAAGAUUCGGACCAGUGUCUCUGGGGAAUAUGAGGUAAGGAGCAAGGGGACAGCCACCCCCCACCCCCCACCAAGGCUAAGGGCUGGAGUGGGCCUGCCCAAGCAUUCCUUCACUAGAUUGAUAAAUGCAGAUUCAUUGUCCCUCUUGACACCUUCCUACAGUCACAACCAGGGUGGCUGAAGAGGUGAUUUCUGCCCCCACAAAAUAACCACCCCACCACAUUUUCAGUGGGUGCUUUUGAGGCAGGGGAGACAGAGGAGAAAUUCGAGUCCAUUCACGUUAGAGGUGAGUCCAGAACAAUACGCAUGUUAGGAGCUUGUCCUACACUCGAGUAGGACCCUGGUAAAGACACAUGCCCAACUGGCAUGUUCUCUCCCUCCUGAUAUUUCGUUCGGGAUCUUCAAGAGCUUUCUUCAGCCCGAACAUCACAGCGACCGAUGCCAAUUGACACCGGCACACUUAGGGGUCCGCAGAGUCUUCGCAACUUGCGUGACAGGCCUCAGCAACUCAGCAUUUUGGCUAAUCUACUUUAUUUACAUAUAAACACACACGGAGCACUACAACAUGGCUCCCUCUCUCUCUAGCAACAGACAGCAAAGAGAAAAAGAACAAAGGACAAUAGUCCCACUUCAUGGAACACAGUAACACAAGCAUCCUGUCACUUCCCACUCUGUGGAGUUCAAACAUAUACCGUCAUGUAAUAGACAAAAAUCCCAUGAUUGCAAUCAUGGAGCAGGAAUUCUAACAACGCAAACCUAAAUUGCAGCCAUCCUCUGAAAUUUGGACCUUUCCAAAUUUUGCAAGGCAGAGUCAGGUGUACAGAAAUGCAUAGAACCAGGGCAAAGUGUACAUAAAGAGCUUGCAUUAGGGAAAAGCAACAUACACAAAUGUGUUAUAUUAAGAGAAAUGGCUUUGCAAAAAAAAAAAUGUGUAUAUUAGGCAAAAUCACACACACACACACACACACACAGAUGAGCCUAUCAGGAACUAGGAACAACAUUCGCACUAGAAUGUUGCAGAUCUCAUUUAUUUUAUUUUUCAAAAAUCACUAACUAAUGUUGAAAUGAGAACUGGAUUUAAGAGGUUGAGAAAUGAUAAAUGGAGAGGAACCGGAAGGAACGGAUUGUCUCCCCCAAUCUUUGCUCAGUUUAAUAAUCUGAGCACAGAGCUGGAAAGGGGUCAAACUGGAGUGGCUCCUGCUGGCUUGGAAGGCAAACGCAGCACUCAGCUCCCAUUCUGGAGCCCUGGGGGGAUUCAUGCUCAGCCGCGCUGGCUCUCAGGCAGAUGCAAGAGGCACUUAGCAAACGGAUCUCUCUUCCUCCUAGAAUAAGAGCAAACAGAACGAGAUGCUGGUGGCUGGAGCUGCUGUUGGAGUGGCCACUGUCUUCGGGGCUCCCAUCAGCGGUAAGAGAAACAAGCACACAGACCAGCAAAGCUUUGCCCUACCCCGUGGGUCAGAUUCAGUAAACCUAGCUGGCAAGUGGCUUGCAAAGUUUACGGAGCUUGGAGUUUGCGCGUGUUUGGUGAAAACGCUUUGUGUCGCCCUGUCAAGCAGCUCAUGUCUAAAGCGGCAAACCGGUGGUCAUUGGGGGAAGGGGGCUGUGUUGGCGAGGGGCCUGCAAAAACCACACCUCUCCACUCUGGUUUGAAAUGGGUAAGAGACCCCCCACAGCUCUGGGCAGCGAGACAAGGUAUGCAGACUCCUCUGGGUGCCUCAGCUGAGGGAUCCAGUCACGGCCGUGGAGGAAGUCAGUGGCAGAGCACAGGAGGCGACAAACAGCAAACUGUAAUAAACAGAAAUCUGCCCUUAUUCCCUUAUGGGGGACACAAGAGCCCUUAUAGAGUCCUUUGUAGCUUCUCCAUCGGUCGGAGAAAAUAACAGAGGCCAACCAGAGAAUAUUGAGAAGCAAAGCAGCUAGUAAGCCUGAUCUUUAUUGAUCUGUUGCAACAGGGUGCUCCCCUCACACACACGAAAGGAGGAGGAACCCAGAACAAAGGUGUGCCCGCCCUUAUAUAGACAUUUUAAAUUGCCUGCCCUGGAGUCCAAGACCACCCCCAGAAAUAUCAUACCUAUAUCACAGAAAGGGCAGUCUACAACAGAAAUCUGAGUGCAUUGUUUAUCUCCUGCUGGCAGACUUGUUAAUGGUCACUUGAUUGGAUACCCUGGGGAGCCUGGCCAGUCUUUUGUAAUGACAAAUACUUCGUUCCUGAGCCAGAUCACAGGCUCACCCUUUUCAUACACAGACAUAUUCUUAAGACAGGAUUUGUGAAGGAGUAGACAAUGGGGAGGCUUUUCCAUUUUCCUUUGACCUUGCAGAGAAAUGUUUGAGGUCAAUUGAGGUCAAAGUCCUGAAAUCAUUUGGGAGGGACAAAAUGGUUUCAGGACUUUCUGUGGGGUUUCAGACAUGUGGUUUAUAUAUCGAUGUACAUGCUUGAUUGGUGCAUUUAUGAAAAGAUAUAUAUAUAUAUAUAUAUAUAUAUAAAGGGACCCCUGACCAUUAGGUCCAGUCGUGGCCGACUCUGGGGUUGUGGUGCUCAUCUCGCUUUAUUGGCCGAGGGAGCCGGCGUACAGCUUCCGGGUCAUGUGGCCAGCAGGACUAAGCUGCUUCUGGCGAACCAGAGCAGCGCACGGAAACGCUGUUUACCUUCCCGCCAGAGCGGUACCUAUUUAUCUACUUGCACUUUGAUGUGCUUUCAAACUGCUAGGUUGGCAGGAGCAGGGACCGAGCAACAGGAGCUCACCCUGUUGCGGGGAUUCGAACCGCCGACCUUCUGAUCGGCAAGUCCUAGGCUCUGCGGUUUAACCCACAGUGCCACCUGCGUCCCAUAUACAUACAUAUAUAUAUAUAUAUAUAUAUAUAUAUACACACAUACACACACUCACACACACACACACACACACACACACAUGACCUUAAUUUUUUUAUUUCAAAACUUUAUGAGUUUCUUGUCUAUGGUUUCUCCCAACUUUGAAGGCAUCAAUGCAUCUCCUUGCCAAGGCACAAGGGAGCCUAGGUGCGCCUCUGGUCGGGGCAUAUUGGCUGCCAGUUGCCGACCUCUGCCUUACCUGUUUUCUUCACCUGCCCAUUCUCCUCCUAAUCUGGUCCCACCCAGGGGUCCUCUUCAGCAUCGAGGUCGUGUCCUCCCAUUUCGCCGUCCGGGACUACUGGAGGGGAUUCUUCUCAGCCACCUGCGGGGCCUUCAUGUUUCGCCUGCUGGCCGUCUUCAACAGCGAACAAGGUGAGGAAGCUGAGCAGAGUUGCUGGGGAAGUGCAAAGCGGGUGGGAGGAGAGAAACUGUUGCUUCCAGUUUGCUCUGCAGUGUUAGGCGCCCUGGCCAGCGUGCUCAUCCACAUAGUAAACACCUCUGCCCACCUGCUGCUUUUUCUGGCAAGCUAAGCACAAUCUUAGGCUCUUACCUUGCAUGGGCUGGAAAUAGAUUUGACGGGGGGGGGGGGGUUGCUGGGAGACAGCAGUUUAAGCCUCACAUGUGGAAAUAAUAAUAAUAAUUUAUGAGUUUCCCCAGCCACUCUGGGCGGCUCCCAAUCAAGUGUUAAAAACAAUACAGCAUUGUAUUAAUAUUAAAUAUUAAAAACUUCCCUAAACAGGGCUGCCUUCAGAUGUCUUUUAAAGAGAAGAUAGCUGCUUAUUUCCUUCACAUCUGAAGGGAGGGCGUUCCACAGGGCGGGUGCCACCACCGAGAAGGCCCUCUGCCUGGUUCCCUGUAGCUUUGCUUCUCGCAAUGAGGGAAUCGCCAGAAGGCCCUCAGCGCUGGACCUCAGUGUCCGGGCAGAACGAUGGGGGUGGAGACGCUCCUUCAGGUAUACUAAUAUUCUAAACUGACCACAACUGCCCUGGAAAGAGAUGACUGAGCAAUUGUGGCGACCUUGUUGGAAGUGCCGAACCCUCAGUGCCGAACCCUUGCUGCAAAAUGGAUGUUUUGUGUUAGGGAAGGGAAACUAGGGCUGCCAUACGCUUGAAAAUGGCGUCUGGGCAGAUUUUCACAGAAUCGGCAAAAUGUCUGGGGAAACCUCAAUGUAUGGCAAGUAGGAUGUUUGUUUUAACUUUAAAAAAUCCUUUAAAAUCCCCAAAAUGUUUGAUUCCCCCCACCCCUAAAGGAAAAAAAGCUCAAAAACUUUUGUCCGGAUUUUCACUUUUGCGAAUAUGGCAACACUAGUUAAACAGGCUAGGUGUGUCCCCCUCCCUGGAACCCCUUCCCUUCCUCACCAUUUCCCCCAUGCAGUGGAGGAUGGUCUAUGUGUGCAAAGGGGGGCUUUGCCCCACCAAUCUCAGUCUUCACCCCUCCAGGCCCACCUGCCUGCCUGCCUGCCUCCCUUUCCCAAAGGGUCAUCUAGUUCAAACCCCCCCCCCCCCCAAUGCAGGAACCACAGCUAAUCCUCCUUAGGCUCAGUGUUGCCCUUGAAGAAGAAGUAGCCGGGAGGCGAAAAAGAAGGAUGGAAGGUGCAAGGCUAGGAGCAGUUUCCCUGUAGUUGGCUCUGGCACCACCUACUGCUGGGCUCCCUGCCUCCCGCCCUACCAGCCACCACCAAUGCUGCGUGAAGAUGUUUCCAGAGCAGGGUUUCCCAAACUUGUCUGAUUUUGGACUACAACUCCCAGCAUCCCUAGCCAGCAGGACCCGUGGUCGGGGAUGAUGGGAAUGGUAGUUCAAAAACAACUGGAGACCCCAGUUUGGGAAACCCAGGACCUGGAUGUUGAUGAUGGAGGAAGGCUCUCUGGGGACAAACCUCAGCAGCCACGGUGAGCAGGUGAUGGGUGCUAAACAAUGUGGCUCGCUGGUUCCCCUGCCUGGCUGUGCAAGAGCAAAGUGGGGUUUGGCCCCAAGCAAAUGGCCUUCUGCAAAUGUUGGCCAUCGGUGGGGUGGGGGGCUUAAGCGAGACGGGGGAGAGAAGAGGGGAAAGUGAGAAAUUGGGGAAGGGGGUCUUGGGUGGAAGGAAAGUGGGGGGGCACAGGUAGACGAGGAAGGGGGCUUCUAUUUUUGUGGGCACCCCUGUUUUGUGUUUAAAACACCUCGCUUUUUCUCCCUUCCCAGAGACCAUCAUGGCUCUUUUCAAGACCAGCUUUAAGAUUGACUUCCCCUUUGACCUGCCAGAGACAUUCUUCUUCAUGUUCCUCGGGUGAGAUGGGUGAGGGAUUUUGGGGUCAGGUCCACCCCAUAUAUUUAAAGCAUCCCCUCAAUAAUUCUGGGAACUGGAGUGUGCUGUUAUAGGGAAAACUAGGGGGGUUGGCUUUUGCUGCCCAACUCCUGAAGGGACUGAGUCCCCUAAGUCAAUGGUCGGUCAGAGAUGAAUGGAUGGAGGCAAGAGCCAUAGAAAGCAAGGGGGAUCUUUAUUUUUCUGUUAGAACAGAGUUCCCUCCUCUCCUUGCAAGGAGGUAGGAAAAACCCAGAACAAUGGUGCGCAAGCCCCUAUAAAGACUUUUGAAACUGCCCACCCUGUACCCCAAGACACCCCCCAAAAAAUCAUAUAUAUAUCACAGAAGUGGUCCCCAGCAGAUAUUUGAGAGUGUUGCUUCUCUCCUGUCUGCCAGGAUACCUGAUAAAUGCCUUAAAGGUAAAGGGACCCAUGACCAUUAGGUCCAGUCGUGGCUGACUCUGGGGUUGCGGUGCUCAUCUCGCUUUAUUGGCCAAGGGAGUUGGCGUACAGCUUCCAGGUCACGUGGCCAGCUUGACUAAGCCACUUCUGUCGAACCAGAGCAGCGCAUGGAAACUCCAUUUACCUUCCCUCCAGAGUGGUACCUAUUUAUCUACUUGCACUUUGACGUGCUUUCGAACUGCUAGGUUGGCAGGAGCAGGGACCGAGCAACGGGAGCUCACCCCGUCGCGGGGAUUUGAACCGCCGACCUUUUGAUCGGCAAGUCCUAGGCUCUGUGGUUUAACCCACAGCGCCACCUGCAUCCCGAUAAAUACCUUACUUGGUUGUAUUUUCUGGGUAGCCUGGCCAUUCCUUUGAGAUGGUAAAUACUUUAGUUCCUGAAUCUCUUACACAUAUUGAUAUUUCGCUCAGCUUAACAGAUACUUGCCAGACUAUAUUUGAAAAGGGAGGUGUAAGCCCCUACAGUCCAAAGACAAUUGGAAAGCUUUUCCCAUUUCCUUCCUCCUUGCAGAGAAAUAUAUGAGGUCAAGUUGAGAGAGUCAAAAUGACUUCAGGAUUGCUCUCCUGUACUAUUUCAGACACGUGGUUUAUAUACUUGUGCAUGUGUUUGCCUUGUACAUUUAUGAACAUUCAUUCUAUAUUUGAGACCUUAGAAUUCUUAUAACCGUGUCAAGGCUUCUGGGGGGAAAGUACAGUUUCCAGGGUCCUUCAUGGGGGCACCAUGUGCUUGAAAUAUGCUCUGAAUGUAUGGGGGUGGAUGUGACCCAUCUCCUUCCUUGCAAUGCAGCCUUAGGGUGGGGUGGGGGUGACACCGAAGGGGUAUUGUGUGCCCAGCAGCCAAAGUGACCCUAACCUCCCUCCCUCCCCUGUUUCUUUGCAGUGCAGUCUGUGGGGUAGUGAGCUGUGCUUACCUCUUUUGCCAGCGCUGGUUCCUGGGCUACGUCCGGAGGAACUGCUUCACAGCCAAGCUGCUUGCAGAGGAGUAAGUCAUACCUUGGGAGUGGGGGCCAUGCGCUGGGGGGCAUGCGGGGUGAGGUCCUGCAAGGACCGACCGACUGGCCUCGAACACACUGCUGCCUCUCAGCCUCAGUUUCCCACUCUGCAAAACGGGAACAACAGAAGUUUGCCUCGCCUGGUUGUUGCAUGGGCGAUAAAUGUUCCAUGAAAGCACAAAUGAAUCGUAGCAGCUGACAUUCUCCUUUCACAUAUUUGGGGUCUUCUUGGGUUUUCCAUGACAUAGGGAUUACAAAAAAAAUAUAUUCUGGCUUUGGGAACAGAAUGAGCAGGGUAUAGAAAAAAAGCAUAUUGUGCGCAAGGUAUUUAAAAGUGAGUGACAGUAGAGGGGUCAGCAAACUUUUUCAGCAGGGGGCUGGCCCACUGUCCCUCAGACCUUGUAGGGGGCCGGACUAUAUUUUUUUUUGGGGGGGGGAGGGAAUGAACAAAUUCCUAUGCCCCACAAAUAACCCAGAGAUGCAUUUUAAAUAAAAGCACACAUUCUACUCAUGUAAAAGCAUGCUGAUUCCCGGACUGUCCGCAGGCCGGAUUUAGAAGGCGAUUGGGCCGGAUCUGGCCCCCAGGCCUUAGUCUGUCUACCCAUGGUAGAGAUGGACCAACAUUUUAUUAUUACUUCCUCCAUCACCCCGAGAAAAUAUAUUCUCCCUUGUACGCAAGCUUUCGGGACACGGGUGGCGCUGUGGGUAAAACCUCAGCACCUAGGACUUUCCGAUCGUAUGGUUGGCGGUUCGAAUCCCCACGGCGGGGUGAGCUCCCGUCGUUCGGUCCCAGCUCCUGCCCACCUAGCAGUUCGAAAGCACUCUUAAGUGCAAGUAGAUAAAUAGGUACCGCUUUAUAGCGGGAAGGUAAACGGCGUUUCCGUGCGCUGCGCUGGUGCAGGCUCGCCAGAGCAGCUUCGUCAUGCUGGCCACGUGACCCGGAAGUGUCUUCGGACAGCGCUGGCCCCCGGCCUCUUAAGCGAGAUGGGCGCACAACCCUAGAGUUGGUCACGACUGGCCCGUAUGGGCAGGGGUACCUUUACCUUUACCUUUAUGCAAGCUUUCAAGUGGCACAGAAAUCCUCAGCACCUUCUGCCUGGUGGAAGAGCUUUGUGAUGCCUGGAAAAUGUACAGAUUCCUCCACCAAAUGAUCUUUUCUAUUUUUGCUUUGAGCUGUGUGUGUCUUGCUGGUCUGCCAUCAGAGUUAGCUUUGGGCAGCCUUUUGUUUUCAAUCCUGAAAAGUAACCCUAGUUUUUUGUCUGUUUGUUUCUGGUACCUUUUUCCAGGAAACCUCUUUACUCGGUGCUGGUUGCCCUCCUGCUCUCCUCCAUCACCUUCCCAUCGGGCCUGGGGCAGUUCAUGGCCUCUAGGGUAAAUACUGGGUAUCGCUCUCCUUCCCAGCACAGAGCACACUGGAGCAUAUGCAGAGUGCCACCCUCUCCCUGCUGAAUAACGACAGGUGGCACGCACAGGACUGAUAACAGCCAGUGAACUGGCCAAAGGCCAACCUGUCUGGUGGCACAGAGAGAGGAACCCACCGGCCCCCUCACAGACAAAAAGGGGGAGGGUGGGUGGGCGUUUGUGCUCCUGUUUGCGCCAGCCCUUCCAGACCCCCAUCUUUCCUCCCCUGUAGCUGAGCAUGAAGGAACUUCUCACCUCCCUCCUUGACAACCACACCUGGAGCGCCCUUUCCCAAAACGCAUCGCUGGCCAGGCCCCUUCAAGUCGACACCCACAACCUGUGGCUCGAGUGGUGGGACCCCAACAUCACCAUCUUUGGCACGCUGGCCGUCUUCCUGUUCAUGAAGGUACCUGGCCCGCUUCUGAAGCACACGGGGGGGGGGGCUCUCUGAUGAGGGAGGAAGGGUUCAGGCGGCUCCCCUCCCACUUCUGUUACUGUGCUUUCACCCUCAGGAGUUGGAGUGUUCUCAGGCAUGCUGUGGCAUCACAGGCUGUCUGAAAGCAAGCAGCCAUUACCCUCGGCCUCACUUUUCCUCGCUCUUUUCACAGUUCUGGAUGCUGAUCCUGGCCACCACCAUGCCGAUGCCCGCUGGGUACUUCAUGCCCGUCUUUGUUUAUGGUAAGUGCCCCCCCAUCUCCCUGCAUCAGAUGACCCCCCCUCCAUACUGCGUCACAGAAUCAAAGAACUGGAGAGUUGGAAAGGUGACCUUGUUUAGCCCCCUGCAGCGCAGGAACCACAGGUAAACGCAGGAUCAGUUUCGCUGGUCUCAUCUGCCAAGUACCAAACGGGCUGGAGAAGGGGAUCUCCAUGACAGUUAAUCCAGUUCAAAACCAGUUUGAGCGUGCAGUGUAGACAUGGUCUGGAAAGGAUUGUCGCGGAGAUGCAACCGGUUUCUUUCUGCCUCGUCGUCCUCCUCCUCCUUCCCCACCCCCAUGACAGGAGCUGCGCUCGGGCGCCUGGUGGGAGAAACUGCCGCCUUCCUCUUCCCCCAGGGCAUUUCAUCGGAGGGGGGCUCCAGCCUCAUCACUCCUGGAAGCUACGCACUGGCAGGUGAGUCUGCAACGCGGGUGGGGUGGGCACUUGCUACAGGGCAAGCCAAUAAGCCACGGCAGCCAAAGGUCUAGGCAACUACGGCUUGGCAGACACUUGCCAACUUUGCCACACAGCCCCUUCCCCUCCACCCCAGGGACUUACGGUUGUGAUGACAGUAAGCUCCUCUGUUCACUACAAUUCUGCAGGGGGCAUCUGUCUGGAGGAUGCCUGUGGUUCCUCUCCCAAUUCUUGGGGUCCUGUAUACAGGGAAGGUUAGAGGAGCUGGCCGGCCACUGAAAUGUCCUCAUCAGCAUCCUGCAAAAACGGGCCAGGUUGCAAGAGGGGUGGGGCCCUUUGGGCUCCAAGGUGGGCCUUUCCUCCACCCCCCCCACCUUUCUGCUAGGUAGGAGAACAAGACCCAGAGAGGUGUGAGGGAGCUGAGCUGGAGGCCAGAGACUGAGGGACUUGCUUGCUCUGUGCUGGAUCAAAAAUGGCAACAAACGGAGAAGCAAGAUUUCUUCGGAUGCCGUGACCCCACCCCCUCCAUAGGUCAUACAUAUAUGUGAAUAGAACCGUAUACAGUGGAGCCCUGUUCGCAUCCCGAAGCGAACGCAACCCGCGACUGCGCUUCUGUGGGUUGCGAUUCGGCACUUCCGCGCAUGUGCGUGACGUCGUUUUGACCGUCUGCACAUGCGUGAGCAGUGAAACCCAGAAGUAACGGGCUCCGUUACUUCCGGGUUGUCGGGGAGCGCAACCCGAAAGCGCUCAACCUGAAGCAACUUCGACCCGAGGUAUGACUGUAUCUUGAAGACGCCACAGUCUCUGCUGACCUUUAUUCGGAGGAAACCGAACCUGGAAUCCCUGGAGUCCCGCGCAGCUCAGACACACUGGAGGGGGUGCGUGUUGCAUGGGGAGGCCACAACCGUUAAUCCCAGUGCAAUACCAGCACAGAGGAGGGCCAGCUCUGCCAUUAGGCAGGACUGGAGGACAGAGCUGUGUUCGAUUCAUGACUUGUCCUCCCCACCACUGAGCUCCUCUGCUCUGGUGUGGAAUGCCAUCCUCUUCAAGCAAGAUGCAGACCCCAGCCAGCUCAGCUCUGGGACUUGGAAUAGGAAUCGGGGCGGCUAACAAGGGACCCACGCCCAGGGUGAGUCGCCGGCCUGCCUCAGGACCCCCCCCCUUCAGGGACAACCCUUGCUCUAGAUUCUGUUUUCCUCCCUCCAGGGGCAGCAGCCUUCUCUGGCUCGGUCACCCACACCCUCUCCACGGCCCUGCUGGCCUUCGAGAUGACGGGGCAGAUCGCCCACAUCCUGCCCGUCAUCCUAGCCGUGCUCAUCGCCAACGCCAUCGCCCAGAAAUUCCAGCCCUCCUUCUACGACGGCACCAUCAUCGUCAAGAAGCUGCCCUACCUGCCGCGCAUCCGGAGCAGGCACAUUGGGUGAGGUGAAACCCCCUCCCACGUCGCAGGGUGUGGGGGAGCAGGUGGGGACACUGCUUCUCGCCCUCCCACUCCCGGGACAUUGAGGGGCAUCCCAAGAGCUUUCUCAGACGUGCUGCUUGCUGAUGAGGGAAAGGACACUCUGCCCACGCUCAGAGUCUCUCUUGCCUUAUGUCGCUUUGCAUAUCGGGAAGGCCUGUAGCUCAGGGGCAAAGAGUCUGCUUUGCGAGCGGAAGGUGCAAGGUUGUCGCGAAGUGAGUUGGCUGGUAAAUCACACAUUUCAAUAGUUGGGAGUGAACGCUUUAUGGAUUUGGCUGAGGGUCAGGCCCGUUUCGCACAGCAGCUCGUUCCCUGUAGAUCAGGGGUCAGCAAACUUUUUCAGCAGGGGGCCAGUCUACUGUCCCUCAGACCUUGUGGGGGGGGCCGGACUAUAUUUUGAAGGGGAAAAUGUACCAAUUCCUAUGUCCCACAAAUAACCCAGAGAUGCAUUUCAAAUAAAAGCACACAUUCUACUCAUGUGUAAACAGGCUGAUUCCUGGACUGUCCGCGGGCUGGAUUUAGAAGGCGAUUGGGCCAGAUCUGGGCCUCGGGCCUUAGUUUGCCUACCCAUGCUGUAGGUUUUACUCCACGAAAUCAGUUGCCGAGACGAAAAGUCCCUACCUCCCCACAACCAUCUAGGUCUGCUCCUCUUCCAGGGCUCCUUCCGAGGAAUCGGAGACUACGCCUGCAUGAGACCAACAUCUCCUCUGCCCCUUUCAUGCCUCUUCUGGUUCUGGGAGACUAGGGGAGAGUUGGGAGCUUGCCACAGCCGGAGAGGGAGACACCGGUGACUCUUCACCAGCCCAACUCAUCUCUGCCUCUUGGCCUCCCUCGCCCCAUGCUUCUGCUUCAGCUUCUGCCUCUGAUUCAUGACUUCUCUCUGCCACAGACUCUCCCAGCUCACUAAACCCUCAGCUUCCGACACCUCCUCCUCCCUGUCUUCUCACUGUGACCACUCAUCAUCGCCCCGCCACCAAUCUCCAGGCUCUGAGCCUUUGACCCUUGGGGGUUCCUCAGCUGGUUCCUCCCACUGUUCUUCUGCACCAACCAGUCCAUGACACGGGUUCAAUCCCUGCUGGUAUCGCCAGGUCGGGUUGGAAUCUGCAAAGCCAUUGCUGCCGACCAGUGUGGACACUACAAAGCUAGAUGGACUGACUCUGUAGAAGGCAGCUUCCUAUGUCCCUAUAUUCCAGGGCAGGGCACGCAAUUACUGGGAGGCUGUGUGCAUGCUGUCAAUUCACAGGCCUUUUAACAGCCUGCAGACCCUCUGGGAAUCUUUGCUCUGCCAUUACUGGGCUCUUGCUGGGGUCAUUCUGACGCCACUUUCUCCCGCCUGCAGCUCCUACAAGGUCACCACAGAGGAGUUCAUGAACACCAAAUUUGUCUACCUGCCCAGGGAUGCCACCUUCCAGGAAAUUCUCAGCACGGUCACCUCGACAGACGACUCCGAGUACCCGGUGGUGGACAAUGCUGGUACAGUCAUACCUCAUGUUACGUCCACUUCAUGUUACGUUCUUUCAGGAUACGUCCCGCGGCGACCUGGAAGUACCGGAAAGGGUUACUUCCGGGUUUCACCGCUCGCACAUGCGUAGAUGCGCAAAAUGACGUCACACGCAUGCGCAGAAGCGGCAAAUCGCAACCCGCGCGUGCACAGACGCACUAUUGUGGGUUGCACUCUUUUCAUGUUGCGAAUGGGCCUCCGGAACAGAUCCCGUUCGCAACCAGAGGUACCACUGUACUGGGACUUAAUGGGUUUUCUGAGGGGGGAGGAAGCCCUGGUUCUCCCCUCCCGCCAUUUCCCAAACCCCAAUGGCCUUCCCUGUGGCAUCAGGCCUGGGGCUUUAUUUCACUUCCCGCUUUGUGGGGGUGUCGAGGCCCCUGUCUGGCCAAAGCGGCCCACCUGAGGCUUCUGCCUAUCUGGCCAGUGUCAGUCUCACUCACUUUUGGGGGGAAACCAUAGCAUGGAAAUGAGACAGAAGGGGAGAAACAGCAGGAAUUGAGAAGCAGCUGGGACUUGCUCUUUGCCCAUGCUCAGGAGGCGCCAGGGUACGUACCCAGACACCUCUGACACAGUCCAUGAAGAGAUCUACAGCAGGAGUUGCCCCCUUGUUUCAGCAUAGGCCUCGAUGGAGGGGACCUAGCUCUCUUCUUUCUACAAGAAAGAAGAUUCCACCUAAACAUUAGGAAGAACUUCCUGACAGUAAGAGCUGUUCGACAGUGGAAUUUGCUGCCAAGGAGUGUGGUGGAGUCUCCUUCUUUGGAGGUCUUUAAGCAGAGGCUUGACAACCAUAUGUCAGGAGUGCUCUGAUGGUGUUUCCUGCUUGGCAGGGGGUUGGACUCGAUGGCCCGUGUGGUCUCUUCCAGCUCUAUGAUUCUAUGAUUCUAUGAUUCUACCUCUUGUGUUGCAGGGGGUUGGACUAGAUGACCCUUGGGAGCACCUUACAUCUCUACAGUUCUAGGAUUCCACUAUGGGAGGCAGGAUGCUGUUGCAGGACCAGUGGGCAUCCCUAGUGGGGUCCUGCGGGUGGGCCUCCAAUCAGGCACAGCUGGGUGACCACUGUUGAGGGGAAGGAAGCUAGACUAAGGCGGGCCUAAUCCAGCCUGUCUCAUGUUCUUCCUGGGGUGCUGGGCUCAACAGACCCUCUUUGGCCUGAUCCUGCAGUCGAGCCCUUUUAAGGCCUUUUCUUUCUCCCUCCUCUCGCCCGCAGAGACAGCCAUGUUGCUGGGGAUGAUCCAGAGAUCCGAGCUGAUCAAGUUCCUCCAGACCCAGGACGAUGCCAGCUUGCCCCACAAGGCACAGGGGGAGGAGGUGGGUCACAAGCCCCCCUUCUGCUGUGUGUGGGGGGGAGGGGGGCAGCACCCUCUCUGCAAUGCAGCUUUAGCCAGAGUUGCAUGGGCCCCACACCACCCAAUUGCCACACCCUGCAAGAUUUUAUUUCCCCCCACUGUCUCCUGCAGCCUUCAUCUGCACAGACCUUGGAAGGAUCCUGCGCCAUCAGCCCUGUGACCCUGCAGCUUUCCCCAUGGAUGUCCCUACACCAGGUAAAUGGCCGGCAGACAGGCGAGGGUUAUCAGAUGAAGAAUGGCAGGAAGUGCUCUUGGGCUCUGGCACACCCCUUUAUUUGUUUACAGUGAAAUGGAGCCUCCAUGCCCAGGAGGAGUCUACCUCCAAAUGUCACCUGCUGGAGAAUAAUGGCAGGGAGGGCUGUUGUUGCUGCCUUCGCGUUCUACACCCUGGGGGCACAUUUCCCACCCUGGGAAACAGGGCGAAAGGUCUGGAUACGUCUUUGGGGGGAGGCCAGGGCAGAGGGUGUGUGUGUGGAAGUAGGGGGUUUUUAUUACAGAGAGAAAGAUCCUUUGGGGAGGGGAAAGGCCUGCCUCCCAAGGCUUGUUUUCCUGCCACAGCCUUUGUGGGGCUGCUUCUUGCAAAAGGUAAAAACACACAGCUGUGAAUUCUUGGCCGUUGGGCCCUUCCUCCAGCCUACCUUGCAGGGUUCCUGAGAGGGUGGAAGAGGAUCCUACCUCUGUGCACACACCCCGUUCUGUGAAAAUGAAGGAAAGGGCGCAUUCUCUGUGUGCGCAUGCGGUUCUCACAAGAUAAUAAUAAUAAUAAUAAUAAAUUUUAUUUAUAUCCCGCCCUCCCCAGCCGAAGCCGGGCUCUGGGCGGCUAACAACAAUAAAACAGUACAAAAGUACAGCACAAACAACACUCUAAAAUCAUUCAUUAUAAAAUUAAUUAAUUCAAGCCACUGGCAACCAUUGGGCCAGAGCUCCGCGAAGAUUGCCGAGGGAGGGAGUCAGGCUGUGCCCUGGCCAAAGGCCUGGUGGAACAGCUCUGUCUUGCAGGCCCUGCGGAAAGAUGUCAAGUCCCGCAGGGCCCUGGUCUCUUGUGACAGAGUGUUCCACCAGAUCGGAGCCACGGCCAAAAAGCCCUGGCUCUAGUUGAGGCCAGCCUAACUUCUCUGUGGCCUGGGACCUUCAAGAUGUUUUUAUUUGAAGACCGUAAGUUUCUCUGUGGGGCAUACCAGGAGAGGCGGUCCCGUAGGUACGAGGGUCCUAGGCCGUAUAGGGCUUUAAAGGUUAAAACCAGCACCUUAAACCUGAUCCUGUACUCCACCGGGAGCCAGUGCAGCUGGUAUAGCACCGGAUGAAUGUGAUCUCGCAGCGAAGACCCCGUAAGGAGUCUCGCUGCAGCAUUCUGCACCCGCUGGAGUUUCUGGGUCAGUCUCAAGGAGUUUCUGGGUCAGCCCCACGCAGAGCGAGUUACAAUCACAGUGGCUAGGUCAGGGCGAGAGAGGUAAGGUAAGAUGCUGCUGUCACCAGGGAAAUGGGCUGGCUUAUCAAGAUGCAAGGAGCCUUGUUAAAGGAGCUAUAGGCAGGGGUUACCCCACAUCCUGGGACACAGAUGGCGCUGUGGGUUAAACCACAGAGCCUCUUGGGCUUGCCAAUCAGAAGGUUGGCGUUUCAAAUCCCCAUGACAGGGUGAGCUCCUGUUGCUCGGUCCCUGCUCCUGCCAACCUAGCAGUUCGAAAGCACACCAGUACAAGUAGAUAACUAGGUACCGCUCCAGCAGGAAGGUAAACGGCGUUUCCGUGCACUGUUCUGGUUCGCCAGAAGCAGCUUAGUCAUGCUGGCCACAUGACCCGGAAGCUGUAUGCCGGCUCCCUCAGCCAAUAAAGUGAGAUGAGCACCGCAACCCCAGAGUCGUCCACGACUGGACCUAAUGGUCAGGGGUCCCUUUACCUUUACCUUUACCCCACAUCACCAUCCUGACCUUCCCCCAUCUCUCUCCUCCCCAUUUUUCUCCCCACAGGUGCACAACCUUUUUGAGCUUCUGAACCUUCAGAGAGCUUUUGUCACGCAACUGGGGAAGGUGGUUGGCGUUGUCUCCAGGAACGAGGUAGCUGGCUGGCACUCUUAAAGCGGGGCAGAUUGGGAGAGGAUGGGGCUGGAUCCUAAACUCAGAGAACUGCAGAACGGGGAGACCUGCAUUCGAAUCCCUUUGUGCCCUCAGCCGCAAAACACACCGGGUGACUCUGGGCCAGUCGUGCUCUCAGCCUGACCUACCUCGAAGGGUUGUUGGUGGGAGAACAGCUUACAGCACACCCAGAGUGCUUCUGAAAAAGGCAGGAGGAAUAAGUGUUUCUUGAGGAAGGAGUUCCCAGUUCCUCAUCAGGGGUUGCAGGAAACUAGGGCAGUUAAACCCCUUCCAGGCUGAUUGCAGUGUGAAAACAUCCACCCCACUUCCCAUCCAGCUCUCAGCUUCCUUCCUUCUUUUUCCUUCAGGUGAGGAAAGCCAUCGAAGACCUGGCAAAUCCCAAAGCAGCAAAAUGAGAAGAGGCGUCCUUCCCAAUUAAGACCACAGAGGACCAGGCGGGGAUUCGAAACCACGAUGGAAGGAGAUUCCUGUUGAAUGUUACCUGGUGUCAAGAGCAAAUUAAAGAUGUAUUUUCACACCGUCGGUGGCAAAUGAGGAUAGGUGGGGAGGUCUGGGAGAGGAGUAUAAGCUCUUGGCACGUCUUGAAACCUUUAACAACUGAAACUUUUAAACAACUGAAAAAUAUAAAACCCCAUUAUUAUUUUUUACAAUAUGAUGGAAGGUCUGUGCUAAUAUCUGGGCUGAGUUGAAAUGGACCCCCAAAUUCACCACCUGAAUUUAUGGAGUGGGGGUGUUUCAGUGGUUUUCAG